AUGGACCGGAUGAUCCGCGAGGAUCAUGUCAAGCGCGUCUGCCGCUUCGACGGAUGCGAACGCUCCUUCACGCAACUCGGAAACCUGAAGACCCACGAACGCAAGCACACCGGUGAGAGGCCCUACAAGUGUCACCACCCAGGCUGCGACAAGACUUUUACUCAGCUCGGAAACCUGAAGACGCACGAGCGUAUCCAUGACGAGGUCAAGCCCUUCAUGUGUCGCCUGGAUGGAUGUGGCAAAUCAUUCAGUCAGCUCGGAAACUUGAAGACACACACGGCCAAAAUGCACCCCGAGAUCGCCUUGAGCGACGAAGAGCUGUCCGCCAAAUCCCCCACCACCCGCAGCACUCGCCAGACAUCACAAGGCUCCUCGGACCGCAAGACUCGCAACUCUCAAAGCCCAGAGCGAGGAACCGUCCAGGUCAUCGCCCACUUCAACCCCUACCAAAGACGCCCCAUCCGUCCCCAGCGCUCAGAACAAGAGGCCCUCCUGAAAGAUAUCCGAGCCAUGAUCCAGCACCAAGACCGUGUGCGCCAGCUCUCUGACAGCAGGCCAUCUGAGCAGAUGGACCUUUGA